AUGCACGGUAUUAUUCUUAUUGAACAAGAAGAAUCUGCUCAUAAUUGCUGCUAUGAAUUGGAACUUAAAUUGGAAUCUCAUUCAGGUGAAUCCUCAAAUAUGAGCACUUAGGGUUCUUUUUCAUAAAAUUGCUCCGAAUUUUACUCACCUGCUACUGAAAAUAAAGAAGCUGGUGCUGAACAAGAAUUGCAAUGUUCUGCUGAAGACAAUCAAGAAAUCUUUCUUUGGACAUAAAAAGUCUCUCAUAUUUUGCAAGAAAUUAUUAAAGUCUAGCAAAUCUUGGAUAAAAACAAACUCAGAAGCUUCCAAAAUAGUUGUUUUAACAACAGCUGCAUUCCUUAAGUUUCACUUAGCGACUACAUGUACAAAAUCAUGACUGAAGCUAGACUUGAAAUUGAUAUUUGCAUAAUCAGUCUAUUCUACAUUGAUAGAUUAACUUCUUGUCAGCCUAAUUUCAGAAUUAACUAAUUCAAUUGCCACAGAUUAAUUUUGACUUCUAUGAUGGUUGCUUCCAAGAUGCACUAAGACAUACAAAGCUACUUCUAAGUUGUCAAGCUCUUUUCAUUAAUCGGAGGUGUAUGUGAGAAAGAACUCUACUUGAUGGAGUAGACAUUAUUAGAUCUCCUUAAUUACCAAUUAUUCAUCUCAGAAGAUGACUACACCAGAUACAAAAACUAACUCACUUGUUUCUAGCUUUGA